GCGAGAUUCAGACAGUCUUUCCCCAUCCCUGUUCCUGUUCGACCUGAGCAGAGGCCCACAUCAUGUUCAUACUCUUGGUGUGAUCUCUGAUGUUCGUGCUGCUGUAGAAGACAAUGGACAAUGUGCUGGAGGGUUUGGCCGAGCCGAGUUCCCUGUCGCCGCUCUCCACCACCGUGCACGACGAGGACUUUACCACACUCGGGGAACACACUGAGGUACGGCACUAAUUUCCUUAACACUACACUCGGGGAACACACGGAGGGUACUAUCGAAGGAGAUCAUCUCAACUCUGACGGGGAGGAAGCUUUGACGGCAGCUCACGACGUCGAUGAUGAUCAUGUGACCAUUGUGCCAGGUGAAAUAGGAGAAGUUGACGAUGAUCCUAUUGGGCUGGGAGUGGCGGGAGGCCCCCCCUCGGAGGUGCUGCAUCAUGUCGGGGGCCUGGAGGGCGUGGUGGCCGACACAGUGGACAGUGGUCAGUCCCAGGGGCUAGAGGAGGUGAAUACUCAGGUCGCGUUGGAUGACCCCAACGUUCUGACCUCAGAAACCCAUCUGGUGCAGGCGGCGGAGCAGGAGGGAAUCCUGCUGACCACUGACGCCGACGGGAACCUGGCUGUGCCUGUCUCAGCUGACCACGUCAUCCGGCUCUUCAUGCAGACCUCAGACGGCAAUGUGGUGGCUGCCGACGCCCCCAUGGAAGCACUCAAGUUUUCCAUGCCCGGCCUCAUGACCACCUCCGAGGGAGGGGAGACCACCCAAACUGUGCAGGCGGUCACUCUCCCCGACGGGACCACCACGCUGAUCGAGGCGCCUAAAGAUCCCGAAACUGUCCCAGAAUCUCAACUGUUGCCCAAGUUUGUGGAAGGGCAGACGAUCAAGCUGGAGAACGGGACCACGGCGUUGUUGCAGCCCACGCCAAGAGAAGCUUUAAAUGAAGGUCUGCAAGCCAUCCAACUGGAAGACGGCUCCACGGCCUUCAUCAGCCACCCGAACCCCGAGGGUCUCUUCGCCGCAGGCUCCUCGCAGAUUGACGCGUCGAGUUUGAACCUGGACCAACUGGCUUCUCAGACAAUGAUCGGAGCCGCAGACAAAUCGUCGGACAAAGCCCUAGUGAUCGGGGACAAGGCGUACAAGUGUCUAUACGAAGACUGCGGCCGCCUCUAUACCACCCACCACCACUUGAAGGUUCACGAAAGGUCUCACACAGGGGACCGGCCGUUCAUCUGCGACUUCCCUAACUGUGGGAAAGCAUUCGCCACGGGGUACGGGCUCAAGUCCCACAACCGCGUGCACACAGGGGAGAAGCCGUACCCGUGUCCGGAGAGCGGCUGCGAGAAGGCGUUCAAAACGUCGGGCGACCUUCAGAAACACGUCCGCACACACACGGGUGAGCGCCCGUUCAAAUGCCCGUUUGAAGGCUGCACCAGAUCUUUCACCACGUCCAACAUCCGCAAGGUCCACAUCCGCACGCACACGGGGGAGCGGCCGUAUAUCUGUGAUAUGGAGGGUUGUGGGAGAGCUUUUGCCUCGGCGACCAACUACAAGAACCACAUACGCAUACACACAGGUGAGAAGCCGUACGUGUGUACGGUGCAGGACUGCGGGAAGCGGUUCACAGAAUACAGCAGCCUGUACAAGCACCACGUCGUACACACGCACACCAAGCCGUACACGUGUUCCCACUGCGGCAAGACGUACAGACAGACCAGCACGCUGGCCAUGCACAAACGCACGGCGCACGGAGAGGACUAUCCUCAGGAGCUGGCUGGAGACGGGGCUGAGAUGGCCAUCUGUGUGACUAACCCCGAGUCGGCAGAGCCCCCGACCAAGAAGAGAAUGAUCAAGUCGGAGCUGCCGCAGUCAGGGGAGACGAGUGCGGGCGAGAAUCUCAUAGUCAACUCCACCGACGGCUCUCAGAUGGUGCUUCUGGCGUCGCAGAUGAACAGCUCGGAGGCGGUGGUCACUCUGGCCGACGGCACGGCCCAGCUGGCCAACCUGGUAGCUCUGCAGUCGCCAGGCACCAUCAGCAUGCAGGAGCUGCAACAGAGCGGGGUGGCCGGGUUCACAAGUCUGUCGCUGGGCGAGGCCGGGCAGCAAGUCCUGGUGGUCACCGAUCCCUCACAGCUCGAGGCGUUACAGCAAUUGGCGGCUCAGCACCUGGAGACGUUGACACAUGUGCCAGACGGGACGUCGGUGGAGGCUGCCAGCGGUGACGACGGGGCGGGGCCAGAGGGCGGGGGGAACGUCAGCAUUCCGACAGAAGCUAUCGCAGUGACCACCACCUCGUUGAGCCAGUGAGAGGGAUGGAUGGACGCGCGCGCUCCUCCUACCUUAUUGCUAAAUAAGUCUGUAUAAGUCUUGCGGUCGUUUGGAAUGAGGCUUGCACUACUGUGAAUAAAGGUGUACAGUCUCCCCUCUCCCCCCCCUCCCCUCCCCCCUCCCAAGCUCUACACUCACACACUUUAA